GGCCUACAAAUCAAUUCAUCCUGUCUUUAAAGUCACUUUUGUUUCUGUUGUGUCGUUUUGCGAUUUGUACUGUACCCUCUUCUUCGUUUCUCUUAUCUGCUUCUCAUCAUUGUUAAAGCUAUUCUUGCUGUUUGUCAUAUAUAAUGGGAAGGAUGAAUUACUUGGCUAUGAAAACUGAUCCGGCAAUGGAGGAUUUGAUCGGCUCUGAUAUCAAUGACCUCAAGAUCGCUGCAAAGAGGCUUAUCAAUCAUGCCACCAAGCUUGCUGGCCUCAGCUUUGGGACUUCUUUUCUGGAAUGGGUGGCUUCCUUCUCAGCUAUUUAUUUGCUGAUAUUGGAUCGAACCAACUGGAGAACAAACAUGCUGACUUCACUUUUAGUCCCUUACAUAUUCUUUAGCCUUCCUUCAGUGCUGUUCAAUUUUUUCAGAGGAGAGGUUGGAAAAUGGAUUGCUUUCAUUGCAGUUGUACUAAGGCUUUUCUUCCCACGACACUUCCCAGAUUGGCUGGAGAUGCCAGGAUCUUUGAUUCUGCUCUUGGUUGUGGCUCCCAGCUUCUUUGCAGACACCUUGAAGGACAGCUGGGUUGGUAUCUUGAUAUGCCUUAUCAUCGGUUGUUACCUAUUGCAAGAGCAUAUUCGGGCAUCCGGAGGAUUCAAAAAUUCCUUCACUCAAAACCAUGGCAUAUCCAACACCGUUGGCAUUAUCCUUCUGUUAGUUUAUCCUGUCUGGGGGCUGGUUGUUUACUUUCUCUAGGCACAAAAUCAUUUUAUUCAGCACUUGUGUGUAAGACUCCACCCUGUAUACAAUAAGAGAAAACCAUUGUUUCCUGGUUUGCGCUUUGACAA